CCGCCCGCCUUUUCUGUUGGAGCUAACCGGAAGAAAACAAAGCAGUGAUUAACGUAGUAUUUAGUGCGGGAACUGGCGGGUUUUAACCUUUUGCUCGGGGUUUCAUGAGCUCGUAGCCGUGCGUGCUGUUUGGUGGAGCACCGCAGGGAGCGGUGGGGUUUGAUAAAAGCAGUAAAACCCGCCGUGAUGAAGUGAGAGACCGUGAGGAUGGACUGCAGCACGGCUAGCAGCAUGGUGGCCCACCGAUCUGCAGGGAAGGAAAGCUCCAGCUCUGAUGAAGAGGAGUUCGUCCCGCUGUCGAAGCUCCUCAUGAGGCCGCAGAACGACGACAAGAAGUCAUGUGACAACGCCAACUCAAAGAAGAGCGGAGCUUCAGAUAAUUCAUCAGACGAUCAGCCGCCAAAAAAACCAGCAGCGAAGGAGAAAAAGGAAACUUCUCCUGCCAAAUCUGACGCCUCAGAGGACAGGAACUCCGAUUCCAACGCAGCUGACGAAUCCGAUAACGAGCCUCAAGGGAAAACAUCCAAACCUUCAGCCAGAGCAGCGAAGAAGCAACCAGUCAGCAGGAAGAAGAAUGCUUCAGAUGAUUCCUCGGAUGACGAGUCGCUACAAGAGAAGAAGAAACCAUCAGCAAAAGACAACAAGGAUUCUCCUCCCAAAUCUGACGCCUCAGAGGACAGGAAGUCAGCUGACGACUCCGAUAACGAGCCGCUGGUGAAAACCUCCAAACCUUCAGCCAGAUCAGCGAAGAAGAAACCAGCAGGCAGGAAGAAGAAAGCUUCAGAUGAUUCCUCGGAUGACGAGUCGCUACAAGAGAAGAAGAAACCAUCAGCAAAAGACAACAAGGAUUCUCCUCCUCCCAAAUCUGACGCCUCAGAGGACAGGAAGUCAGCUGACGACUCCGAUAACGAACCGCUGGUGAAAACCUCCAAACCUUCAGCCAGAUCAGCGAAGAAGAAACCAGCAGGCAGGAAGAAGAAAGCUUCAGAUGACUCCUCGGACGACGAGUCUCUGAAAGAGAAGAGAAAACCAGCAGGCAGGAAGAAGAAAGCAUCAGACAACUCCGACGACGAGCCGCUAACCAAGAAGAAGAAAGCAGCAGCGAAAGACAAAAAGGAAUCUUCUCCUCCCAGAUCCGAGGAGUCAGAGGACAGAAACUCUGAUGAUGACUCUGACUAUGAGCCUCAGGUGAAAACAUCUAAACCUUCACCCAGAGCAGCAAAGAAGAAGAAAACUCCAGGCAGAAAGAAGAAACCAGCGGGGAGGAAGAAGAAAGCUUCAGAUGAUUCCUCGGAUGACGAGUCGCUACAAGAGAAGAAGAAACCAGCAGCAAAAGACAACAAGGAUUCUCCUCCCAAAUCUGACGCCUCAGAGGACAGGAAGUCAGCUGACGACUCCGAUAACGAGCCGCUGGUGAAAACCUCCAAACCUUCAGCCAGAUCAGCGAAGAAGAAACCAGCAGGCAGGAAGAAGAAAGACGCCUCCUCGUCCUCCGACGACGAGCCGCUGACCAAGAAGAAGAAAGCAGCAGCGAGAGUCAGAAAGGAAUCUUCUCCUCCCAGAUCCGACGAGUCAGAGGACAGAAACUCUGAUUCAAACGCAGCUGGUGACUCUGACUACGAUCCCCGGCUGAAAACCUCCAAACCUCCAGGCAGAUCAGCCAAGAAGAAGCCAGCAGGCAGGAAGAAGAAAGACGCCUCCGACGACGAGCCGCUGACCAAGAAGAAGAAAGCAGCAGCGAGAGUCAGAAAGGAAUCUUCUCCUCCCAGAUCCGAGGAGUCAGAGGACAGAAACUCUGAUUCAAACGCAGCUGGUGACUCUGACUACGAUCAUCAGGUGAAAACCUCCAAACCUCCAGGCAGGUCAGCCAAGAAGAAAACUCCAGGCAGGAAGAAGCAACCAGCGGGCAGGAAGAAGAAAGCGCCGUCAGAGCCGGAGGAAAGCUCAGACGACGAGCCGUUAACCAAAGUUGUUCAGAAACUUCCUGCGAAGAGGAAGAGGAAACCCGUCCAGCUGUUCUCUAAAUCCUCUCCGGUUGUGAAAUCCAAGAGGAACGCCUCCAGGAAGAGCGUAAACUACGCUGAGACGUCCAGUGAGCACAGCUCUGAUGACGAGCAGCUGCUUGUGACGAAGACGACGUCAAACGAUUCAUCGGGGAGAGCCGCGGCUUCAAAACGAAAAUCCGUGAAAGACGCUUCGUCGUCCGACGGCGACGGCUCUACCUGGCGGAAACCGGGUCGGAAAUCCACGAAGAGCAAGAGGCUGCGAGGAAGACCGCCGAAGAAAUCCUCAGGAAACUGGGAUGAUGACGACAGCUCAGAUGACGCCGCCGCGGCGAAUCGCUCCAAUCGCAGAACAAAGAGCAGAACAAAAGGUUCGACCUGGAAACGGAGGAAUCAGAAGCAGAAAACGUGGAAAGACGUACCGAGCAGCAUUUCAGACGAGGAGGCUGCCAUCCAAACAGCCAAACACGCAGACGUCACCAGAAAGGUGAAAGUGGCUCUGAAAAGGUGCGACGCUGAAGACAAAGAGUCCGCUGCAGCCGCCACAAAACCCACAACAGAAGAAGAAAAGACUGAAGAAAAAUCGACAGCAGAAAACCCAGAAAAAUCCUCUGAGGAGGAAUAAGAGACAAAACUAGUUAGUCCUGAAUUCAUCUGUAGGAUUUUAUACAUUUUGUUUCACGUUGUUUAGGUUUGGGACCAACUUUUCCAGGUUCCUGAAAUGUUUUUUUUUCCUUAUUUGUGGCUGUUUGCCUGAAGUUCUUCUUCUGGUUUUUAGAAAUGUUUUUAACCGUGUUGUGAGUCGUCGUCCACUCUGCAUGCAGGUGCACACACCUAGUUUUAGCAUUUUCUUUUUAUAUCAGUAGGAAAUUAGGUGAAAUCCCUCGUUUAGUGUCAUAAUAAAAUUAUUUAACCACCUCCUAUAAAAAAGUUUCCCAAAGUAUUUCAAGUUUAGGGAAAGAAAUCGGAUUUCCAAAACAUUUUUUAUACUUUAAAAGAACUUUGGCAGAAUGAGUUACUGAAUUAUGUGAUGUUUUGAAUAUAAAUGGAUUUAAAAAAGGGUUUUCUCUCUUUUUUGGAGGAGAAAUGAUGGUGUUGGAAAUUCUAACUUUGAUUUUCUUUUUUUUUUCAUGAUGAUCUGCAGUAUGCUAUAAUAUUUGUCCCGUUUAAGAAAAAUGUUUCAUGUUUAAAAUAUACCUAGUGGUGUGUUCCUUGAUGUUCAAAUGUGCAGGUUUUAUGUAUGUUAAUAUUAAAAUUUGCUACAUUAUUUGAAAA